AUGGCGGAAGUCACUCAGCUCGCUACUCCAAAUACGGCUCACUCUGUGAAGCACAUGUUCCCACCACUCACAAUAAAUACGCAUGUUGCCGAAAACGACGAUGGGAGAUCCAUUGCUCGUCAAUCUAUCGCUCCCGUCGCAUUACCACCAUCAGAACUGCAACAAUUAUUUAUCGCUGUGUGCGACCAAGUCUAUUCAAUACUCAAGAAAAACAAGGAUGCGACCAAAUUGAUCAAAUCGUUAAACGACGUCAAGGAUGCAUAUUUGGCCAAUGUCGCUUCACUUUCUCAUCACCUGGAGACGAGUUCAAAUGUUGCUGCUUCUCGACCGACAUCACCAACUAAAACAAUUCGACCAAUAUCACCAACCAAAUCAGUCAGAUCAACUAUGCACUCAAUCCAUUACCAUCCCACGAACCCAGACGAAGUGGAAUCAAACUCGUUGCUAGCACACUGGGUGAAUGAAUUCCGCAGUGCUGUAGUCAACUUGCAAGAACGGUGCCAGAAGGUUAAAGCUGCCAGUCUCAUGACAUCGUCAGCCAAAAGGAAAAAGCUUGAGAAGGGGAUUAUUGAAGUUACUGAUUGUUGGAAUAACCUGAUGAUGAACUUGAGUAUCGCAAUUUCUCGAAGUGGGACAUCGUUUGCUGCUAAUGCAACUGAGCAAGUAGCUAAACUUGCUCUAGCUUCUGGAAAUCCGGAUUGGGAAGAUCUAGAUUUGGAAGAUGCCGAUAUUCUAGUUUUGCAAGGAGACAAGUACAUGCUAGGCUUUGGAGUUCGUAAAGAUCCAGAAACUGCGUACCGUCGAUACGAGGCUGCCUCCAGAGCUGGACACCCACAAGCCCUGAACAUGUUGGGCUUGAUGAACGAACUUGGAAUCGGACGAGCACGCAAAGACAUAGCAGCAGCAGCCUCCUUUUACGAACAAGCUGCUGGUGAAGGUGAUGCUACAGCUCUGACGGCACUUGGAAGACUUUACGAAGGUGGGGUAGGAAUACCUCAGGAUAUGGCCAAGGCUCGGGAAUGCUAUCAGCGUGCUGCUGAGAAGGGAGAACCUGAGGGAAUGUGCAGUUUGGGAAUGGCGCUAGAACGUGGUCUAGGUGACCUACAUCCAAACCCAUCAGCUGCACUUCGAUGGUACACGCUAGCAGCAGACCAAUUCAACCAUCCUCGAGCUGCGACUGCUGCUGGAUGUAUACUGUACAAGGGGCAUCCUGAGAUUCAACCAAAUGCAGUUGAAGCAGUGAAAUAUUUCAGACAAGCAGCUGAACGAGGAAAUGAGCACGCCAUGAACUCGUUGGGAGUUGCUUAUGAAGAUGGAUGUGGUGUUUCAAAGGAUUUAGGACUUGCGAAGGACUGGUAUCUCAAGGCUUCUGAGAAAGGAAGUGCUGAUGCGUUGUCAAAUUUGGGGAAUAUAUACCUGACGGAGAAAUACUACCAACAAGCCUUCAAAGUCUUCCAACUCGCCUGGUCCAUGGGCAGCGUCGAAGCAGCAUACGGACUCGGCACCAUGUACCAGAACGGCUGCAAAGAAGGCGCCACAUCCGACAUAAUUUUCUUACGGCGUGACAUUGCAAUGGCCGUCCGAUUCUUUACCGAAGCAGCAUCACGACACCACCUGCACUCAUGUCUCGCACUCGCAAAAAUCUACCUCAAGCCCACGAUGUCGAAUCCAACCAAAGCAUAUACCCUGAUUCGACAAGCUGCGACCGAGAUUCCUGAAGCCAUGUACUUGCUGGGACAUUUGUACGAGACGGGAACUGGAUGUGGGAAUGUUAUGAUUGAUCAGGCCGUUGUGUGGUAUAAGAGAGCCAUUGAAGCUAAUGAACGCAACGGGUGUGCAAUGUUGAGACUGGGUAUGCUUCUGGAGCGCGGAACGGGAGUUUCGAUGAAUAUGUCGUAUGCUGCUGAGCUUUAUGAAGAGGCUGCCAGGAAGGGGAAUGUGGAUGCCAAGGAACGGUUGGAGGCUCUUAAACGUGUUGGACUGGCUUGA